CAAAACAGCUUGAAAUGGAAUUGAAAUAUGCAGGUUAUUCAUCUGUAUGAUAUUUUUCACCCUUAAAAGCUUGAAGUACGGAACGCCUUGUUUAUAUUUGGCACUCUAGGCGACUCUCGUGGUCAUCGAAACGUUCUGGAGCCGACAGAAGCUUCACAGAUCGAAGAGAAGAUUCUCGAAGACGCUGUUCUGGUUAGGAAACGAUGAAUCUCAAACAAGCUAGCUGUCUUGGUUUCCUUUUCAUGUGCUUGCAUCUGUGUAGAGCAGUCAAUAUCACAACAGAUGCCACACUUGGAAUAUUUUUUCAGAAAGAAAUCCUUGCCUCUGAUUUCAUCUCAGAUCCUUCUGAUCCAGUUAGAUUUAUAGCUUCAAAAUCAGGUUCCCCAGACCUUCCCCCCUGGUUACGUUUUGAACAAAAAGAUCCAACGGAUAGAGCCUUUAUUUAUGGCACUCCUGGGCGUGAAGUAUCCAGUCAGAUUGUGUUGGAGGUAAGAAAAGAGUUGUAGUUAGUUAUUCUCAUG